UGAAACUAGAUUAUAAUAUAGAAAGAGAGGUAGCGGCGCCGUAGGAAGGUUAAUAGUGAGGAGACACAGAGGGAGAGAGAACAAGGGAGGGUGUGUGUGUGUACCAAGAGAGAGGGAGCGAGACAGUGAAAGUGAAGAGCGAGCGAGCGAGAGAGAGAGAGAGGGAGAGAGCGACAGAGAGAGCGAGAAAGAGACAGAGAGCAAAAGCGUGAGAGCGAGAGAGCGAGAGAGAGAUACAGAGAGCGGGCGAGAGAGAGAGAGAGAGAGAGAGAGAGAGAGAGAGAGAGAGAGAGAGAGAGAGAGAGAGCGCAUCUAGUCCACACUCGGAUUCAUCCCCCUCAUAGGUAGAAGCGCGAUAGCAGAACACCGUGUUUUAACCAUGGAAGGGACGAAACCAGCGCCUGAGUCCACCGCGGAGGAGAGCCAGGAAGAGGGCCAGGAGAGCAGAGGAUGCUUCGAGUGCUGCAUCAAGUGUCUGGGCGGCGUGCCCUACGCCUCGCUGGUGGCCACCAUCUUGUGCUUCUCCGGCGUGGCGCUGUUCUGCGGCUGCGGUCACGUGGCUCUGACGGGCACCCUGACCAUGUUGGAGAACCACUUCUCCAAGAAAACCACGGACCACGCCACCCUGGCCCUGGUGAUCCAGAUCUUUCAGUACAUCAUCUAUGGGAUCGCCUCAUUCUUCUUUGUGUACGCCAUCGUGCUGCUGGCUGAGGGCUUCUACACCACCAGCGCCAUCAAGAAGGAGCUGCAGAGCGACUUCAAGACCACUGCCUGCGGACGCUGCAUCACCGCCUUUUUCAUGUUCCUGACCUAUAUCCUGGCGCUGAUCUUCCUCGCCAUCUUCGGCUUCACGGCGAUCCCCGUCUUCCUCUUUUUCAACAUGUGGACCACCUGCUCCGCCAUGAAGUCCCCCCUGGCCAACAUCACCGCCCCCGACUCCAUCUGCAUGGAUGUCCGGCAGUAUGGUAUCAUUCCUUGGAACGCCACACCGGGAAAAGCCUGCGGAGCGGCUCUGGGAGAGAUCUGUGACACCAGCGAAUUCUACCUGUCUUACCAUCUCUACAUCGUGGCGUUCGCUGGUGCCGGAGCUACGCUCAUCGCCUUGAUCCACUACCUUAUGAUCCUCGGGGCCAACUGGGCCUACCUGAAGUCGGCCGUCACCACGCACGACUACCAGGACAUCAAGACCAAGGACGACCAAGACGUGGAGGCGGAGGCCCGCGCGAAGGACGGCCAAAACUCCUCCUCCUACUCAUAAGAGGCUCACCCGCCCACCCCCUACACAGCCCCGACCCCCCCUCCUCUUCUCCCUCCACAAACACACUUCCUUAUCCCCCUCCCCGACCCCAACCCCGCUGUAAAGAAAGUGUAACGCAAAGGAAGUGAUGCCCCACUUCUCCGCACACACACACACACACACAAACACACAUACACAUGCACACACACACAUCAGUGUUUGCUGAUGUGACCCCCGACCCUAAUUUGACAUCGCCCUACCCCCUCCUCCUCCUUAUGGAGGCUGUAGCCCCCCCCCCGUCACACACACACACACACACACACACACACACACACACAAAAACAAACACACUCUCUACACUAAGCCCCCUUUCUGAGGUCGAACUCAGGUGCAAUGAGUGAGUGGUGGUGGUGGCGGCUUGGUCGCCAUGGUAAAUGCGGUAACCAUGGCGCUGGGCCCUGAGUGAGCAGCAGCAGCCAGUUUCUCUCUGAUCCUCCUCCCGACACCCUGAAGACCCACUGGUUCACUGUAUAGUGUUGGGGGCCGUAGACGCAACCCACACAACCGUUACCCUAUCCCCUCCUCCCCCUCUCCCCCCUCCUGCUUUCUUUUUGGUGUUUUAUAUGCAUAUAUAAAUAUAUAUGAAUAUAAAUAUAUUGUGAGAAUGUGUAUGAAUGUUGUCAGGUUUGGUUGCUUUUCUCUUUUAAACACUGGAGUACGCGAGGUACUGCGAUGGAUUUGAUAUUAUUUUAUCUUCUUGUUUGAUUUAUUUUCCUUUUAUAUCCUAUUUCACUCUUUUCUCUCAUGGAGUUUUUUCAUUGGUGAUGCUUGAUACGUUGUUGCACUAUUUUAGAAGUAUUAAUAUGAAGGAGAAAUGUAAAAAAAGCCCACAUAAAACAAGAAACACUUAAAGAUAAAAACCUGUGAAGGAAUAUUUUUUAGAAAAAUUAGCACGGUUAGCCGUUAUUCAAUGACUUAUUGAGAACUGAGGUGUAAGCGCAUCAUUUAGCCUUUCUAGACUUUUGUCUCUUAACUGCAAGUUUGCUUCAUUACCGAGAAAAGAAAAGGGUGUGCUUAGUUAAUGACACACACUCAAACCAAAACCAAAUCUCCAAUGUUACGGUGUUGUUAAGAUAAGGUCCCAAAAGAUAAGGACAAAUUUAACUUUGAAUUGCUAACCAACCUUAGUAAGCCUAGUGGCCAUCUUGGUUAUCAGGGUGAACUGGGCGGUUGGAACUAAACCUCUCAGCUCACUGUCAGAGCCAUGACGACCCCAGGUGGGCGAGGUCCAUAGUAAAAAAAAAAAAAAAGGUUCUUAUCUGUUCAUAGAUUUAA